AAAGAGAAGCGACUCAAAGAGACUCCUCUGUAGAAGAUUCUUCAAAGCCGCAAAAUUUUCUUCUCUUCACCCUCACCUAUAAGUAGUCCGACGCUGUGAGGCCGUUCAAUCCACUGUUUUCCCUCCGGCAGUGUAAUGGCGAACCCGCCGAAGCCGUGGAAGGCGGAGUAUGCCAAGUCAGGUCGAUCCUCAUGCAAAACCUGCAAGAGCACUAUAGACAAGGAGGUCUUCAGGCUUGGCAAGAUGGUUCAGUCCACCCACUUUGACGGCUUCAUGCCGAUGUGGAAUCAUGCCAGUUGCAUACUAAAGAAAGCGAAGCAGAUAAAAUCGGUUGAUGAUGUUGAGGGAUUAGAAUCGCUUCGAUGGGAAGAUCAGCAAAAGAUUAGAACCUAUGUGGAAAGUGGUGGUCCAGGUGGACCCCCAAAUACAAACGCUGCCACUGCAUUGCAAUACGCUAUUGAAUCUUCACAAACUUCUCGUGCUACAUGCAAGCAUUGCAGUCAAAAGAUUUUGAAAGGAGAGGUUCGUAUAUCUUCCAAACCUGAAGGUCAAGGAGCUAAGGGAUUUGUGUGGCACCAUGCCAGCUGUUUCAUGGAUUUGUCUCCUUCUACCGAAGUGGAGAAGUUGACUGGAUGGGAAAGCCUCUCGGCAGCUGAUCAGGAAAAUGUACGAGCAUUGGUUAAGAAGGUCCCUUCUGCUGCAAAGAAUGGCAAAAGAAUAGCAGGACAAGAGGAUAAAGGGGUUGUGCAGCAAUCAACCUCUAGGGCUGGUGCCAAACGUAAAAAUGAUGUUAGCAGUGGUCAGACAUCCAAAGUUGCCAAGGUUGAAGAAGAUUCAAACUUGGUGGGUGGACAAGUAAAAGAUUCUGAUCUAGAACGUAAACUGGAGGCCCAAACCAAAGCAUUGUGGGCUGUAAAGGAUGAUCUGAAGAAGCAUGUGACAACAGCAGAACUGCGUGAAAUGCUGGAAGCCAAUAAUCAAGAUGCAACAGGGUCAGAACUUGAUUUGCGUGAUCACUGUGUGGAUGGGAUGAUGUUUGGAGUGCUUGGUAAAUGCCCUUUGUGUUCUGGUUCACUUCGCUAUUCUGGAGGCUUGUACCGAUGCCAUGGCUACCUAUCAGAAUGGAGCAAGUGUUCUUACUCAACUCAUGAACCUGAACGUCUUAAAGGAAAAUGGAAAGUCCCAGAUGAAACAAAAAAUGAAUAUCUUACCAAGUGGUUUAAAUCACAAAAAGUUAAGAAGCCUGUUCGGAUUCUGCCUCCACCAUCAUCCAGCAAUGCUUCUUCAAGUCAUGCCGCUAACAGCCAUUGCCAAUCUUCUAAGUCUGAAAGCUUGGCAGAUUUAAAAGUUUCUAUUGCUGGAUUACCUAAGGAGUCCAUGGAAGAGUGGAAGUGUAAAAUUGAGGGAGCAGGUGGAACAUUUAAUCCUAAGAUCAAGAAAGACACUAACUGCCUUGUUGUGAGUGGGGUGCUGGGUGAACAUGAUGCUGAGAUGAGGAAGGCAAGGAGGAUGAAACUACCAAUUGUUAGGGAGGAUUACUUGGUUGACUGUUUUAAAAAACAGAAGAAGCUUCCAGUUGACCUGUAUAAAGUUGAAGCCAUUGGAGAAGCCUCUAGCAUGGUCACUGUCAAAGUAAAAGGGCAAAGUGCUGUGCAUGAAGCUUCUGGCCUGCAGGAUACAGGUCACAUCCUUGAGGAUGGGGGAAGUAUAUACAACACUACCAUGAACAUGUCUGAUUUAUCAACUGGUGUUAACAGUUACUACAUUCUCCAAAUAAUCCAAGAUGAUAAAGGUUCUGAUUGUUAUGUGUUCCGUAAGUGGGGUCGAGUUGGUAGUGAAAAAAUUGGUGGAAGCAAACUGGAAGAAAUGUCAAAAUCUGAUGCAAUCUCUGAAUUCAAACGUUUAUUUCUUGAGAAGACGGGGAAUACAUGGGAGGCCUGGGAACAGAAGAAAAAUUUCCAAAAGCAACCUGGCAGAUUCUUCCCAUUGGAUAUUGAUUAUGGAGUUAGCAAACAGGUCUCAAAGAAUAAGCAUAGUGAUGCAGACAGUAGGCUUCCUCCUCCACUAUUAGAGUUGAUGAAAGUGCUUUUUAAUGUAGAAACAUACAGAGCUGCAAUGAUGGAGUUUGAGAUUAACAUGUCAGAAAUGCCUCUUGGAAAACUGAGUAAAAGUAAUAUCCAGAAGGGUUUUGAGGCAUUAACAGAGAUACAAAAUCUAUUAAACAGCAAUGCAUAUGAUCCUUCGGUCAAAGAAAGCUUGAUUAUUGAUGCCAGUAAUAGAUUUUUUACUGUCAUUCCUUCUAUUCAUCCUCAUAUCAUAAGGAAUGAAGAUGAUUUUAUGUCAAAGGUGAAAAUGUUGGAAGCUCUCCAGGACAUUGAAAUAGCUUCAAGAUUAGUAGGUUUUGAUGUUAACAAUGAUGAUUCCCUUGAUGACAAAUAUAAGAGGCUUCGUUGUGAUAUCACUCCACUUCCUCAUGACAGUGAAGAUUAUCAGUUGAUUGAGAAAUAUCUUCUUACUACUCAUGCUCCUACUCAUACAGAUUGGUCUCUUGAACUGGAAGAAGUUUUUUCACUUGAAAGAAAAGAAGAAUUUGAUAAGUUUGCUCCCUAUCGAGAAAAGCUUAGCAACAGAAUGCUUCUGUGGCAUGGUUCUCGGUUGACAAAUUUUGUGGGAAUACUCAGCCAGGGUCUGAGAAUAGCUCCUCCUGAAGCUCCAGCUACUGGCUAUAUGUUUGGCAAGGGAAUUUAUUUUGCUGAUUUGGUCAGUAAGAGUGCUCAGUAUUGCUACACUGAUAAGAAAAAUCAUGUGGGCCUAAUGCUUCUGAGUGAAGUUGCCUUAGGAGAGGUUUACGAGCUUACAAGGGCCAAGUAUAUGGACAAACCGCCAGAAGGAAAGCAUUCUACAAAAGGACUUGGCAAAAAGGUUCCCAAGGAAUCCGAAUUUGUGAAGUGGAGGGAUGAUGUUAUUGUUCCUUGUGGAAAACCAGUGCCAUCAAAUGUGAAGGCUUCCGAACUGAUGUAUAACGAGUACAUUGUCUAUAACACAGCACAAGUCAAGAUGCAGUUCUUGUUGAAGGUGAGGUUUAAUCACAAGAGAUGAGGAGUGGCAAUGUGGAUUGUUUUCAUUAUUUUGAGGAAGGUCGCUCCUAGUAAAUAUCAGGACAGGUCAAGUUUGUUAUGUUUUGAAUGUUAAGUCAAAAGACAAGAUAUCAUUUUGUGGUUUGCUUGGAGAGCUUUUAUCCUUUUGAACUUCUGCUCUAAGCAAUAUACAUUCGGCGUGCUGUCCAUAAGUGAUGGCAAAAGUGUUUCGACUUUGAUAUUUUGUGUGCAAUGCAAUUAAAUGGCUGUGACAUCCAGCUAGCUUAUUAGAUUAGCAUUAAAGUGCAUACAAGGAUGGAGGCUAAUGCGGUGCAGAAACUUAGAGUUUGCAUGCGUGCCAUGUGCCUGGAUGACGCUGUGAAAUAAAUGCGGAUGAGAAGAAGUGGCAAAGAAAUAUCUGCACUUCUAAAUGCUAUGAUUCUAAGUCUCUUGUGCAACAGUGGCAGAUGGACUGGCCAAGUGUGAUGCAACUUGGUUACAUAGCUGAGGUAAGAAUAAGCACUAGUACAAACA